AUGGCUGGCGUACAGUUGCAGCAGCCCAGCAUGACCGAUUAUCGACUUCACCAGCCCCCACCCGUGCGGAAGCCGGUCCCGGGAGUGCGUUCGGGCCAUUCGUUUCAGUCCUACGACGGACACCACCACCACCAACUCGCCCCCCACCCGUCGGCCGCCUCUCUCGCUCAUAGUCGCAGUCGAACCUCAUCCUCGCACGUGCUGCCCUACGUCGCUCACCAGCACCAACAACCCUAUUCCGGCGGCCCCUCGCCCCAUCACACCAUGACCACUCCUCCCAACUACAUCCCUGCGAGACGCCUCUCCAGUGCGACCACCUCCACAAGCUCUACCGGCAACGCUACUGGCGCGGCAGCCUCGGAUAUUCGCCGGAGCACUUCUUCCCGCUCCGCCAACGCCCAGCUGGGAUACGUAGCCUUGAUGCGAAGACAGAAAGCCACGGUCUGGUGUGAUCGAGCGCAGCCCGAGGAUCCCCGGAUCCGAGCCCAGAAGCUGGUCGACAAGAAGAGAGCGUACCUCGAGGUCCACGGCGCAGGCGCCGGACGGAGUGGCACGCUCGCCAGCAACAAAAACAAGCACGGCACCAAGGGAACCACGGAUUUCUCCCCGUCGACGCUGGUCGGCGCCACCGUUCCCGUGCGGCUCAGUGCCAACGAAGUAGGCGAUGCCGAAGAAGAUUCCCGCAGUGACAACGGCUUCCCGUACCGUCGCACCGGCAGCGGUCGCAGCUCCGUGGGCAGCGCCCACCGUUAUCCCAGCGGCUACCAGCGCACGCCCCAGGGCACGAUGGGAAGCAACGUGACCCCGCCCGGCGACAAGUCCGAUCUACCGGGAGUGUCGGAACACCCUCCUGCCGAGCGUCGGGAGGAAGAGAAGGACGCCGCUUCUGUCAAGGACGACGCCGCUACCACCCACAGUCGCACCAGCGAACAGGAGGACAAUUUCGGCAGCGUCGGCGACAUGGCCGCGCCCAGUGCAGCCACCGCCGCCGCCGAAAAAGCCAAGAAGGCGGACGAGCUGAGACGCCGCGGCAGUGUGGACGACCGAACGACAUCGAUGACCAACGUCCGUCUUUUCGUCGCGAAUCCGGAUUUGAGUGAUUAG